UAUAGUGAGAAAAGUAAUCUAUCAGACAGUCCUGUUAAAGCUCUUUAAAAGCAUGUGUCAUUUCGACUUGCUUCUCCAAAUAUCACUCCUUUAGGAAAUAUACGGACCGAGGAGAAAAAAAAGAAAGUCGCUGCAAGAGUCCUCCAAAGAACUUAAAAAUCCUUUUUUCUGCAGGAGAAUAUUUGUAGAAGUUGAACUUUCUGUUUCGCUUUUAACAUUUUUGGAGACAUUCGAUCCCUUUGGCAGAAGCGAGAAGUCCUUGUGUGCGCGCACUGACCGCGCUGCUCUCCGCUCAUCACCGCUCACGCUCCCGCUCUGUUGUUUUGGCUUUAAAAGAUAAAAUAAGAAUAACAGUUAAAAACAUAAAGUGAAAGUCAGCCGUGAGAUGACCCUGUCUGGAGGCAACGAAAAAGCCAGCGACAUGUCCGGCCAAACUGUGCUGACGGCGGAGGACGUGGACAUCGACGUGGUGGGAGAAGGAGACGAGGAGUGCAUGGAGAGGGUGGAUAGCGACUGCGACAGCCCGGGGGGAGGCAUGAUCCUGCACGACCUGCGGGGAGACGGCGGCGACGAGGAGCUGGACGACGAGAUCGAAGUGGAGAAGGAGGAGGAGAUGAGGUCCGGCGGCGGGAGUCCGUGCUGCGAGAGCUCCGGGGAGGGAGACGCCGGGAAGGGAGAGGGUCACGAGCAGAGCGCGGCGCCGGGCGGUGCCAUCCAGAAGCCCAAAAACAGCCUGGUGAAGCCGCCGUACUCCUACAUCGCCCUGAUCACUAUGGCGAUACUCCAGAGCCCGCAGAAGAAGCUGACGCUCAGCGGCAUCUGCGAGUUCAUCAGCAACCGCUUCCCCUACUACCGCGAGAAGUUCCCCGCGUGGCAGAACUCCAUCCGGCACAACUUGUCCCUCAACGACUGCUUCGUGAAAAUCCCGCGCGAGCCCGGCAACCCCGGCAAGGGCAACUACUGGACCCUGGACCCGGCUUCCGAGGACAUGUUCGACAACGGCAGCUUCCUUCGGAGGAGGAAGAGGUUCAAGAGGGUCCAGCCGGACGUGCUCAGGGACCAGACUGCGCUCAUGAUGCAAAGCUUCGGGGCGUACAGCCUCGGAGGCCCCUACGGGCGGCACUACGGGAUCCACCCGGCUGCCUACUCCCAUCCAGCCGCUUUGCAGUACCCGUACAUCCCCCCUGUGGGGACCAUGCUGCCGCCGGGCGUCCCGCUCCUGCCCUCGGCGGAGCUGAACCGAAAAGCGUUCGGCUCCCAGCUCAGCCCGAGCCUCCAGCUGCAGCUCAACAGCCUGAGCACGGCGUCCAUGAUCAAGUCCGAGCCGUCCAACAGGCCCUCGUUCAGCAUAGAGAACAUUAUCGGGGUGUCCAGCGCGUCCUCGUCCAUGCCGGGCGCCGCGCAGGCUUUCCUGCGGCCUCCGGUGACCGUUCAGUCGGCCCUGCUGAGCGCGCAGUCCCUCUCCCUGACCCGGACAUCAGCCGCUAUCGCCCCCAUCCUCAGUGUGCCGUCAAAUAUUAUAUCUGGACACGUUUUACCCGCAGCCACGGCGGCGGCUGUCUCCAAAUGGCCCUCACAGUGACUUCCAAACUAUUUAAAAAGAAAAAAAAAAAAGAAAAAACACAUUUUUCUAUAGAGACGAAGAAAAGAAACAGCACAAAUCA